CACUCUCUGAGGUGCUGCCUCUGAUGGCAAUUAUUUUAAAUACAACAAACGUUUGCUAAGAGCGUGUUCUUUGUUUUUAAUAUUUGUUAAUUGAUAAUUAACUUGUUUUUUGUAAUUAAAUUAAUUUAUUUAUUAUUUAAAAUGGACGCGUCAAGUAAAUCUGAUUCGACACCCAAACAGGCUAUGAUUUAUGUUUGUGGAGAAUGUCAUCACGACAAUGAAAUUCGUCCAAAAGAUUCAAUCAGAUGCCGAGAAUGCGGAUACAGGAUCAUGUAUAAAAAACGAACAAAGCGUCUUGUCGUAUUCGAUGCCCGUUGAGUUCCAGUGCAGUUUUGCGGCCAACAACCUGUGUAUUAUAAUUAUAUUUAUUAAAGUAAUUUUUAAUGAUUUAAAUAAAUGAUAUUUCGUUAAGCAAU